CCCAUUUAAUAUUUGUUAAAGCCUACCUGACAAAUACUGUACAAAUAUCCUUAAUUUAUAAAGAAACUUUUUUUACCUGGCCCUGAAAGUAUUCGAGCCAUCACCAAAAGACCCUUUGUAAUACUGUAUACUGUAUGUGUAUGAGCAGGUGGUUAAUGAUCAUAAAUCAGCACACAGGAAACUAUGAUGUAUAUUGAGGAAGCUGAGUCCCAAGAACGUAGACAAUAAGACAAAGUUUCAGUGUUCACUGGGGUUCAGUGUGGCUUUAUAAAUACAUCAGAGGGGACAAUAUUGUAAGAUCCUCCAUUAUGAAAUAUAAAUACCGGUACAUCCUGAUUCUGCUCUGUAUAAUCAUUCUGGGCAUUUUUGUGAGAUUAAGGGGACUGCUGAGACCUUCGAGUCAUCUCCACAUGCAGUCAUCUUGUGUCCUCAGAAAUAUGUAUGUCCCAAGUGGAAACAAUUUAUUGUGUGACAAAAACCAAACAGACCUUCGUCAGUUUCUACCAUCAGAUCAACUAGAUGCCAUCAUUAAAAGCAGAGCAAAAGAGUACAAGGAACAUCAGCUCAGAAUGAAGACAAAUACUGACAUUCUCAUUGCACCGGCCAACUCUCCUCUCCAAUAUCCCGUCAGAGGUUUCAGUGUAGCUCCUCUACAAAAAAGUCUGAUACCAGGUCUUGCACUGUAUACACAAAAGAGGGACAUUUACAAGGUAUCUUUAAGUGUGGAGAAAGGGGUGCUGUCAGUGGAUGGUGCUGUAUAUAGAAAACAGGUGAAUGGACAGGGCGAGAGGAAAUUGACUAUCUCAUCUUCAUGGCUCAAACAAGUCAAUGAUCUGCUGAGCAGAGUGACUUACACCAGCACCAUCUACCACAUCAGAACAUCAGACUUGGUUUAUUUUAGUUUUAAAGACAGUGAGGUCGUAUUUCCAGUAAUAAUCAGAAGACCUACAGUUCCUGUUCUGUUCAAUCCAGGAAAUGAUAUCAACUCUCAGGUUACUAUUACAACGAAGACAUUUCUGCGAUAUAACAAAUUAAAAGUCCUCAUCAAGAGCAUCCGCAAGGUUUACCCGAAAAUCAAGAUCAUCAUUGCUGACGAUAACCCAAAUCCAGAAAAUCUGUCUGGUGACAACAUAGAGCAAUACAUCAUGCCACCUGCACAGGGCUGGUUUGCAGGGAGGAAUUUGGCUGUAUCACAAGUCACCACCAAAUACUUCUUGUGGGUAGACGAUGACUUUGUAUUCUUGGAUGAGACUCGCAUUGAGAGAUUUGUGGAGAUUAUGGAAGCGAAUCCAGAAUUGGAUGUUGUUGGUGGAGCGGUCUCAGGUGAACAGUAUUAUUUCAGUCUUGAGUAUAUUGAAGAUGAUGAAGGUGGCUGUUUGAGACGUUUUCAAGGAAGGCAUCAUAAGCCACUUCCGGGAUUUGAAGGCUGUUUUUUUGUGGAUGUGAUAGUGAACUUCUUUUUGGCUCGGACUGAUGCAGUAAGAAGAGUUGGAUUUGAUCCCUUUCUGAAAAGAGUAGGGCACACCGAGUUCUUCAUUGAUGGACUUGGAAAGCUGUUGGUGGUGUCCUGUAAAGAUCUCUCUAUUGGCCACCAGAUUCAUGAUGCACAUAAAGAAUAUGAUGUUUAUAGGAAUGAGGGGGAAUGCGAGAAAAAUAAAAAAUAUGCCCAUCAUUUUUAUAAGAAUUAUCUGAAUUGUAUCGAAUAUUAAAAGGUUUUUGUCUCUCAUCACUGUCUCUCUAAUAAUAUUUUACUGUAAAAAAAUAUUUUGACUUUUUAAUUGGUUAAC